AUGUGGCUGAGGCUGGUUCAGUCGGCGAGAGACAGAGAUGAACAGAACCUAGAGGCCUAUGUGAAGAACGGCCAGCUUUUCUACAGGUCACUGAGGAGAAUAGAGAAAGAUGAAGAGCUGCUGGUGUGGUAUGGCAAGGAUCUCAUUGAGCUGCUGCUCCUGAGCUCCGGCAGAAAUCAAGCCAAAAGUAAAGACUGCAGCCAGCGUUUCCAGUUUGAGUUUCCCUUUUUGGCUCAUCUAAGAUUCCGCUGUACUAAGAGACUACAAAGCAUGGCCAGCCCAGAGGAGGAGGCCACUGAUGCCAGUGACCAGGCUAGUCUACCUCCUGCCAGGUCCAGUCCCAAACUGGGCCGAUCUGAUGGCUUCUCCAAUCCACAGGAAGGAAAGCCAUCCACAGACUUCCAUAAUCUAGCCAGGGAUUUGGAGAAUAACAGAACCAGUCCGCCAAGCGACAAAGAGGCCGAAAUCCUGAGUGAGAACUCUGGAAAGCGCAGGUUUUCUGACAUGGAGGACAGCAGGAACAGUGGAUUAUCUCAGCCUCCCAAGUCCAAAGAGGAGUUGGCCAACUCGGCGCAGCAGUACCGUGGAGCAUACGGUCUGGAUGAGAGCAGGCGGGCUUUCUCGCCCUCUGUUUCAGAGUCGACGGAAACCAAGAGGAGUGCCUUCACAGAGGUCAAGAAGUCACCUCAGAGCUUGAAGCACAGCGGUAAAAACUCCAGCUCCAACUCGGAGAACAAGGAGGCUGGCCGGUCCAGCAGCAAUCCGGCUGAAAAGCACCUCAACAUCAGACAGGUUCUCAGCGAGACUCAGCCCCCACAGUCCCGAAUGGAGACCUCGUCAAUUGGCAGCGCUUUCACUUCGGUGCCCCAGCAGGGUGGUGUAGGCUCAGAGAGAAAGAGUGCCUUUAGCCAGCCGUCUCGCACCUUCUCGCAGCUAUCACCUCUUGUCAUGGCACCCAAGCUUCUGCCGGCAGUAGACUGCCAUCCUGCGGUGGGCGACACCGUCUCUUCCAAUAGACUCUACCAGGCAGACCACCUCGCCGCAAAGCUCCAAGGCUCAGAACUAGGCAGCAACUGUCCUGUGCCGGGUGGCAUUGCAAAACAGAACCCUUUCCUAUACGCCACAGCCUACUGGCCCAAGACCUCAGGCCCCAUCCAGCUGCAAAUGCCCUCUGCUCUCACGCUUCUGCCCCCUUCGUUUACUUCACUUUGUCUGCCUGCCCAGAACUGGUGUGCCAAAUGCAACGCCUCCUUCCGCAUGACCUCUGACCUGGUCUACCACAUGCGCUCGCACCACAAAAAGGAGUAUGCCAUGGAACCUCUUGUUAAAAGAAGGAGAGAAGAAAAGUUAAAGUGUCCAAUCU